AUGACGAGGAUGAAUAUCCUGCUCGUGCUUGCUUGUUGUGUUGUCCUCGGUUAUUGCAAUGUAGCUUUCACAGGCUUUAGAAACGGUCAGAUUGCCUAUGAAGCUCUGGCGCCAUCUGACGAUGGUCUCUACCGAAUCCGUGUGACAGACGGCAAGGCUUAUAUUGAGGCUUACGUGUCGAAGGACAGUGGCAUGAAGAGAUGUACCGUGUCGUAUGGCAAGAACCUCGUCUCCAGCAUGCUGAAGGCAGACGACAUCCAAUAUGCAACAAUAGGAGCGAAAGCUGUUUUUGAGAUGAUCGACAACUGUCAGCGACGGGAGCUGGCCAUCCAGUACCGCCAGGCCCGGGUGGUUGACUUGUGGCGCCCAGUGGGGGAAAACAGUACGAUAGCCUCGGGGUCUGCCAUCAACCCGCUCAUUGCUCCAGGGACGAAGUGGUGUGGGGCUGACAACGUGGCUGAACAUUAUCAUGAUUUAGGGACGGAGAAUGCGACAGACUCGUGUUGCCGAGAACAUGACCACUGUAACUACUUCAUCAAUGCAUUUGACAAGAAAUACAACUACCAGAGUCUCCGGCCGCAUACCAUCGUACACUGCGAAUGCGAUGAGAAGUUUAAAGACUGCUUAACGGCGGUGGACACAACCUUUGCGAGUGAGCUUGGGAAGACCUUCUUUGACCGUCUCUUCAUGGAAUGCUUCACGCUGGAGGAGAGAACUUACUGCGCCCAGCGGCACUGGACGCAGCUGUGGUGCACCCGCUGGGCGAAGGGCACCACUGCCGUCGUCCAGGACUCGGGCUCAUGGGACGGGGGCAACUGGAUCGUCGGAUAACAUCAAAGCGAACGUAGGGCUACCAUAAUUGGAAAAGACUUCGACUCCUUUAACCUUUGUCACUUGAUUGUCCUUUAGGGGCCUGUGGGAAAUCAUAAACUGUUGCAUCCUCAUCCUCACCGAGGGCCUACCCGCCAUGUAAUGAAGCAUGUUCAAGGGAAAAUAUCUCAGGAGUGUAGAGCCUGGCGCCAUCGCAUCUGCAUGGUGUGAGUUUGGCGGUGCAUGGCGAACUAACUGGCGAGGUUUAGUGAUCAUAUCUUGGACGAAAUAUUCGUUUCUCGCCAGCACCAGCAUGUUAUUUUGAAUGAAUAAUGAAAAAUUUCGCACAGAAUUUGACCUAACUUUA